GACCAUGUAAGGAAUUUCCCUUCUAUUCUGUCAAGCUCUGUGCCCUGAAUCCUCUGCAGUCUGCAUCAGCAAAGUGUCUUGGCAUCACUUCUCGUCCUCCAGCUUCAUGUGAAAGGGGUUCACGGUGGUCUGUCUCACCGUAGACCGGACCCUGCUCUGUCAAGCCAGAUCGCCAGUGCUGUCGUCCUCGGUCAGACAGUCGCAGGGGGGUACUGUCCCUGUCUCCGCUGUCCCCGGUUUAUUCUGCGCCCCUUAAGAGUGCGGCGUAGCCGAGGAUGAGCGAGCAAGGGAAGGGCUCGGCAUCCGCCUCUACCACGGCCCCGGCUCCAGGGUCGGAUACUUACAAAGGCUGGCUCUUUAAAUGGACCAACUAUUUGAAAGGGUAUCAACGGCGAUGGUUUGUCCUCAGCAACGGCCUGCUUUCAUAUUACAGGACGCAGGCAGAGAUGGCCCAUACGUGUCGUGGAACAAUAAAUUUGGCCACAGCACACAUCGACACAGAGGAUGCCUGCAAUAUUGUCCUAAGCAGUGGAGGCCGCACUUACCAUCUGAAGGCUAGCACAGAAGUAGAGCGGCAGAGAUGGGUCACUGCGCUGGAGUUGGCCAAAGCUAAAGCCAUUCGCAUGAUGAACGAUCAGUCUGAUGACUCAGGGGAUGAAGAGCCCACAUCCCAGUCCGACAGGAGUGAGAUUCAGGGCACCCUGAAGAUACUUGUCAGCAAGCUUGAUGACCUCAGCACAUGUAACGACCUAAUCGCCAAGCAUGGAGCAGCGCUGCAGCGUUCCCUGAGUGAACUGGAGGGGCUGAAAGUCCCACUGGAGGGAGGAGAAAAGAUCAAGGCGGUCAACGAGCGAGCCACCCUCUUCCGCAUCACUUCCAAUGCUAUGAUCAAUGAAUGCCUGUCAUCUAUGACGUCCUGGUUAGCGUGUCGAGACUUCUUGGACCUAGCUGAGACUCACAGCAGGAGAUGGCAGCGUGCACUGCAGUAUGAGCGAGAGCAGCGUACACACCUAGAGGAGACCAUAGAGCAGCUGGCCAAACAGCAUAACAGCCUGGAGCGAGCUUGGAGAGAAGCACCCACGCUAGUUUCUAGCCCACCCAGUGCCCCGACCACCAACAAGGGGAGUGAAAGAUCGAAUAAAGAAGAGGCAAGUGAUGAAGAUGAGGAUACUGAGUACUUUGAUGCCAUGGAGGAUUCCCCUGCAUUUAUCACAGUGACUGCCAGUGAGAGCACACAGCACAGACGAUCUCACAGUAAUUUGAGUGGAGCUAGCGGAGGUCAUCCCAGUGAGUGGAACCAGGACGAUUAUAUGUCUCCAAGCUUUAAUGAUGUGUCAGGAAAGGAGCUGCAACCCCGCAGACAGAGGCGGACUCAUAUUCCAGACAAGCCCAAUUAUUCCCUCAAUUUGUGGAGCAUCAUGAAAAACUGCAUCGGCAAGGAGCUAUCUAAAAUUCCUAUGCCUGUAAACUUCAAUGAGCCUCUGUCAAUGCUGCAGCGACUCACCGAGGACUUGGAGUAUCACGAGCUCCUAGACAAGGCGGCACGCUGCGACUCUUCCCUGGAGCAGAUGUGCCUGGUUGCUGCCUUCUCUGUCUCCUCCUACUCCACCACCGUGCUCCGGACAGCCAAACCCUUCAACCCUCUGCUAGGCGAGACCUAUGAGCUUGAUCGCCUGGAGGAAUAUGGCUACCGCUCACUGUGUGAGCAGGUUAGCCAUCAUCCCCCUGCAGCUGCACAUCAUGUCAUUUCCCAAAAAGGCUGGACCUUGUGGCAGGAAAUCACCAUUGCCAGCAAAUUCCGUGGCAAAUACCUCUCCAUUAUGCCUCUGGGUGCCAUUCACCUGCAUUUUCACUCCAGUGGGAACCACUAUGUAUGGAGAAAGGUCACUUCUACCGUGCACAACAUCAUUGUGGGCAAGCUGUGGAUUGACCAGUCGGGAGACAUUGAGAUUGUGAAUCACAGGACCAAGGAGACCUGCCAGCUCAAGUUCUCUCCUUACAGUUACUUCUCCAGGGAUGUUCCACGGAAGGUGACAGGUGUGGUGGCAGAUAGUGGAGGCCAGGCUCAUUACAUCCUCUCUGGUACUUGGGAUGAGAAAAUGGAAAGCGCCAAGAUCAUUCAAAGCAGUCGAGGGGGCAGUGGAUCGGAGGGCAAGCUGAAAACAGUCUACCAGACUUUGUCCCCAAAACUGCUGUGGAAGAAAUACCCUUUGCCGGAAAACGCUGAGAACAUGUACUGCUUCUCAGCUUUGGCCCUGACACUGAAUGAGCCUGAAGAAGGAGUGGGAAUGACCGACAGCCGUCUAAGACCAGAUCAGAGGCUGAUGGAGGAAGGUCGAUGGGAUGAAGCAAACUCAGAAAAACAGAGGCUAGAGGAGAAACAGAGAGCUGUGAGGAGGAGGAGGGAGGCAGAGGCCUCAGAAGCACUGGAUGAUGGUCGAGAAUAUGAAGGCUACCAGCCAUUGUGGUUUCACCAGAGGAGGGACUCAAUCACUGGAGAGACAACAUUUGUGUACAAGGGAGGUUACUGGGAGGCAAAGGAGAGACAGGAUUGGAGCAUGUGUCCUGACAUCUUCUAAUCCAGGAAAUCAUCUCAGAUCACACCUAACCUCACUGGACAGGGAACCACUCGGCCUCCAGUCCUCAGGAAGUGGAGCGUAGCUGGCUUAUGAGCACCACACUGACCUUUAUGAGCAUGAGAAUGUGUUUGUUUCACACACUCUCAGAAAACACCAUACCUCCAAAUGCACUCUUGUUCUGAUUUUACUUGGGGAAAAAAGACAGGGCCUUGCCUGAGCAGCCCUCUCAGACACUUUACUGAAACUGCAGUAAGAUAACAUGUGAGCUCGAGCAGUUGGGACACCACACAUUAAAUGCGCAGAUGAGACCCAAAACGCACUUUCCCGAGUUCACCCAGUCACAGACUUUCACCAAACCAGCUCAUGAUUAGGUUGGAAAAAUCAUAAAAAGGCAAACAGAGUCACAGGAGUGUUGAGUAUACAUAUCAUUAUUUCUGUGGGUGUAAGAAGCAUCCUCACCUUCAAUUUUUAUUCAGUACAGUUGAGAUUAAUCAAGGCCUGCUCCAUAAAUAUUAAAAUGGUUCCCCAUUUAUCUUCAUAGAAAUGAUUGCAAUCACUUUUUACGUGCUCCUUUCGGUUGAUUAGAUAGGAUAAGGUUUUGUGUCUGAAAAUAUCUUCCAGAUCUAAUUAUCAACCGUGAAGAACACAAGUGUUUGUGACAGCUCAAGUGCUAUUAUAAAAGAUGGUCACUGGAAAAAAUCUAAUUUCAUAUCAGAAGUAGAUCUAGUUUCUAGAAAAUGCAUUUUGACUUGAAAGCAGUUGGAAUGAGAUAAAAUGAGUCUGCCAUAAGCUCAAUCACAGAGAAAAUGAGCAGCAUGAAAAACUAUGUGAUACUUAUGUUACUAAUCUUCUCACUUUUAGACAGAUUUUUAUUUUAUUUUCAGCCCUUUGAGGCUCCAUCUUCAACAACUAGAGUUCAAUCAGGUGUAAAGUCUAACUAGAGGAUCUACAACAAGGCAGACAUCUGGUUUUUUGGAGUGAAUGUUGGGAUUUUCCUUGUGAUACAUACAAGUAGUCUGUUCAUUAGCCUGUAAUCCAUGAGAAGGUAGUAUGACCGGUCAAUAUUCAUAUUUAGAAUGGGUUGCCUCACUGCUUUAGUAGAUAUCUAACAUCCAAACAUGCUUGAGAUAUUUUCCAUUUGUGAUAUUGAUUAGCAAAACUGCAGUACUGGUUAGUCCUUUAGUUGUGACACAGUAUCGAACUUCAAACAUAAAAUUAUUUGUAUCACUAAAAAGACUCCAUCAAAACCCAGAAAAGCCCUUUUUACUGUGGUUGACUAGAGGUUAGUACCAAUCUCUUGAGUUAAUGUUGAGAAAUCUUCUCUCUUUAGAUGUACCUUGUUCUCUGGUGCUCUCACAUAGCAACACCCUCUGUUCCCUUGGUGACCACUUUAACUAAGCGCGAUCUCAGUGACUGUACAAAAUCUAAAAAGAAAAAAACAUAGUGCGCCUCAUCAUGGAGAAAUUUAAUAAUUACCACCCUGUACACUCACAAACACGUUUGUUUGUGUCUAUUGCCUGAGUUACACAGCCUCAUCACUUACUAGUUUGUAGCUCGUGGGAUUGCUGGAUCUGAGACUAGAGCAGGUUCUCUGCGGAGCCCUGAGUGGAUUCAGCUGACGGGAGGUCAGAUGUUAGAGAAGCAGACAGGGCUGGUUCCUGUAGCACUUCACUGUGUAGUCAGCUGCAGCCACAGAGGACCGCCUCGGCUGCUGCUCCAGGCUCACCACAGCUCUUUCACUGUUUGUGGACACGCUGAUCUGGGAUCAGCUCACAAAGGUACCCUGAGUCUUUGCCUUUAACUGACUGAAUAAGGGAGCGAGUCCCCUGACCUGUGCACUACAAGUCUAUGGUGACAAGAGUUUUGAAAAUCAGUUAGUAUUUUUUUGUAAUUAUUGUUAGGAAUGUAGAAUUCAUGGCUGGAGGUAUUGUAUUUACCAUCUAGUCUAUUUGUGUGAAUAUUUUGUGAUAAAACAAUAAUAUUGUAAAAUGAAGAAUAAUUCAACAAAUCAGAGUAUGAAGUUAUCUGUACAGAAAAGACUGAAUGAGCACGAAGGAUUUGCUGUGAUUUUCAUUUUUCAUCCAGACUGAUUCUAUAACGGUGUAAAUUAACCCUGAGGCGCCUGUGAUUUGGCCAAAACUGUCUUAACAUGCUGAAGAUGCUUUUUUGUUAGAGCUCUAAAGACUCACACAUUGUAAACCUUGGUUAUUUCCUCUGAUGUGCAAGAUAUGAAAAUGUGAGAAAUGCACUGGCAGACAAACUGCUUUAUAUUAGAGUAGAUCUCUUUGCAGAGUCUUUAGCUGAUAGAGUGAAGUAGAUUUUCUGUUUGAUAACUUGAGCUCUUGAAAUGUUUAUCUGAGAGAUUAUUUAUCAGAUUAAUUGAAAAUGGAAUGAAUAUUGUGUGGGGGUUUUUUUCUUCGCACAAAAAGAUGCUUCUUUUUCCCAUUAAGAUGAAAGGUUUUCAUACAUUGUUUUGAUUUAUAGCUGUCAGUGUGAUCAGUCACUAAAUAUCCUGUCUGAUUCUAAAAGGAAUAAUUCACCAUUUUUGGAAGUCGA